AUCGGCGGCUACACUGCUACACAAGCAGGUCUUCGCCCCCCCAAAAAAAACAACCCGAAGACAAAAGAAAGGUCUCCGAGCCCUCCUUGUCUGCAUCUUUUGUCCUUCUCCAUCGCCGCUAUAAUCGCGGUCGAAGCGACACGGUGUUGACGGCCGCCCAUGAUGGACCGCAACAUGCAUUCGGGCUUUCAAAUGCCCAUCCAACCGCCGCCGCUCAUGAAUCCGCCGCCUCAGAUUUUUGGUGGUGGUGCCGGUUAUGGCGAACUUGGAAUGCCGAUGCCGCAGUUCUCGCCAGACUUGAUCACUGCGCAGAUGUUUGGAGACCAUGGCUUGCUGGAAGACACGACCGAGGCCAAGAGAAGGAGGAUCGCGAGGGCGUGUGACAUGUGCCGCAAGAAGAAGAUCAAGUGCGAUGGGAAGCUGCCGGCCUGCACGCACUGCACCAACUACAAGACGGAGUGCGUCUUUACCCAGGUAGAGAAGAAGCGGAGCCCUCCAAAGGGGUGAGUGCUUCCCCCCCUCGGCCUCCCCAUUUCGCUCAUUGUCUGCAUGGGCGUCGGCUCACAGAUUUGGAUGGAUCAGCGCCAAGUACAUUGAGGGGC